UUAAAUCAAAAUCAUUCACCAACAACGACAAUGACAUUUUCAUUUAAAAAUUUUCUAUCGAAAUUAUUUCAUUAUCUAAACGUGACGAUAUUAUUUGGUUAUCUAUUCACGGCGGUCGAUUCGACAAUUCGAUCAUAUUUUGAACAACAACAGACCGUUGUAAAUCAAUUUCAUUCUGGACAGGCUGGUGCUUAUUCAAUGCAAGGUCGUCGUCAUAAUAUGGAAGAUUGUUUUUCCAUUCACAAUAAUAUUGGCCAUGAAUUAGGUAUCGAAUAUUAUGCCGUAUUCGAUGGUCAUGGUGGUCCGAAUGCCGCAUUAUAUGCUGAUAAAGAAAUAUUCGAUUCAAUUGUCAAACGAAUUAAAAAUCAUGUUUAUAAGAAUAAUGAUAAUGAUGAUGAUAAACUGCCAUUACAAUCUUGUACAAUGAAUGCUUCUUUGGCCCGAAAUUCCGAUAAAAAUACCUGUGCAAAAAACAAUCGUUUUGAAACAUUAACAAUGUCAACAAUGAAAACAAUAUUGAAUGAUGAAGUAAUAGACGUCGAUAAACGUUUAUUGGAAACAUUUCAACGGCGAUCCGAUAUAUCUGGUUCUACGGCAUUGAUUGCCAUUCGUUUAUUACAUACGAAUAAAUUAUUAGUUGCAAAUGUUGGUGAUUCACGUGGUAUAUUAUGCGAUUCAAAAGGCGCCACCAUACCAUUGUCAUUUGAUCAUAAACCCUAUCAGUUGAAAGAAUAUCGCCGCAUACUUGAAGCUGGUGGUUAUAUUAGCCUCAAAGGUGUUUAUCGUGUAAACGGUAUACUGGCCAUUUCUCGGGCAUUAGGUGAUUAUCCAUUGAAAGAUAAUCGAUUAAUAAUACCAGAUCCAGAUAUAUUAUCAUUCGAUUUGCGAGAAUUGAAACCAAAAUUUAUGAUUAUGGCAUCCGAUGGUUUUUGGGAUACAUUCACCAAUGAACAGGCCGUACAAUUUGUUAAUAAUGAAUUAUCAAAAUAUCAUGAUAGAUCAUCAUAUGAUUCGAAUGAUAUUUCAUCAUCAUCAUCACAAUCAUCGAUUGCAUUGGCAAUAGCAAAAAAAUUGGCCAAAGAAUCAUAUAAUCGGGAAUCAUAUGAUAAUAUAACCGUCAUUGUUGUUUUGUUUGAUGAAAAUUAUGAUGUCUGUUCAAAAGAUUCUGUUUCUUUGUCAUCAUCAUCAUCAUUGAUAAAAAAAUCUAGUCCGAUAAAGAAAAAGUUUCAUCGAAUCAACAAGAAUCAUCAUCAUCAUCAUUGAAGCCGGCCAUUCAUGAAGAAUCAUAACCAUGAAUCAUCAGCUAUUUAAAUUGUUAAAUUAUUUCUUUCUUUUCAUUUUUGUUGUAUUUUUUUCGUCAAUUGUUUUUAGCAAAAGAGAAAACAUUAA